UCAAGGGCUAGUGAAAGAUCUUUGACUUUGGUAUUUUGCUCAUCCAAUCAAUCAGUUUCUCAGUUCCUUUCUUGUGGGCCAGGAUGGAUGGAUGACCCUCGAUUAAGGGCUGAAGUUUGUGGUAUUGGCAGAUCGAAUAGAAGUGGCAUUGUUGUAAUAUCUCAUCAAGAAUGAGGGUAUCAAGGAACCAGUACCUGCAUCUGACCAGCCUACUUUAUAUCGUGGAAUGAUGUAGAUCACUUAACAAUCUGACAUUUAAUUUCAUACCAUAUACUGACGAGGAGGCUUCUGAAAGCUUGAACAUGCACAAACCUCGCCAGGACUCCUGAAAAUCCUCCGUUUAUAGCCCCCACAAGAACUCCAGGACAAUCAUUUACCAAUUCGCUCAAACACCAGAAGGUCCAAGAACAACUACAAGACGCCAUGGGAGAGAGAGAGAAGGAGAAGAACAAGAAGCACAAGAAGCAGAAGCACCAACACCCCAAUGACCAAACUCAGUCCACACCGGCAAAACCAGCAUCAGAUUUCUCAUUCAAGCCCAGUUCCGAAGUAAAGGGUCUCCGGUUCGGCAGCCAAUUCAUUGUGAAGUCGUUCACAAUCCGAAGAGCAAGGCCUCUUGAGCUCCUGAAAGUCCUGUCCUUUCCACCAACCGAUAAGGCCGACGACAGCAAAUUGCCUUUCCCUUCAACAACAGCCUAUUUGCCUACGAAUUUCACAAUACUUGCGCACCACGCGUGGCACACGCUGACACUCGGCCUCGGCACAAAAAAGUCGAAGGUGCUGGUAUUCGUGUUCGAAUCUGAGAGCUUGAAGUCUGCCGUGGACCGGAUGUGGCCGCCAGAGAUACCUCUAGGGGAAGUGAACAAGAAGCUCAUCCGGGGCCUAAACAGGUGCGAGAUGGCCCGGUUCAAGUUCAGAAAAGGGUGCAUUACCUUCUAUGUGUAUGCGGUUCGUCGUGUGGGAAGCGUCGGGUUUGGUUGCGCCAAUGAUCUAAGGAUAAUUUUGCAGUCCGUGGUCGAGCUUAAGGACUUCUUGGAUCACACUGCUAUGUUGGCCAUGCCUAAUCAAAGGAGCAUCAGCUUUUGCCCUCCCGUCGCCAUGGCUCACUAGCGGCUCUUGCUCAUCCGCGACCAAAAACUGCGAUCGCUGUUGCCGUUAUCAAUAUCUCCGUCGUUUCGGGUGAUCAAUCUGUUAUUGUUCCCUAGAAUGUUUGAGCUGACUAUUUUUCUCAGGAUAGCGUCUCUGUAAUUUUUGGGGGAAUUGGUUUAUUCGUUUGGACAUCAUGCCUGCUUUUUGUUCUGUUCUUCUAGACGUCACAUAGUUGUGAAUGUAAUAUCAAGAUUUUGUUUGCUGCUUGAGCAUACUGAUUUCUGACC